AUUGGUUCAGGUGUGUUUUGUCGAUUAUCAGCUUAUCAACAGUAAUUUUUCCCAUUUUUUUAAAUUUCUAUCUUUCUCUGAUGCUGAAAUUUGUUGCGUUGUAUCCACGUAUUUUUCUGGUUUCUGUUUUUUGAAAAUGAAUUGCACGGCAUUAAGCGUAGCAAACAGUAAUGUUAGUUAUAGGAGAACUGAGUCUGGCGAGUUAAUUGACGUUGGUGAGCAAAUCAAAGUUGCGGAGUUUUUAAAAUAUCUUCUACGCACAAGACUUUGGCUUCUCAGAGCUCAAAAUGAAGAACAGUGCAGCCUCAUGCAAUCAUUCUCUUCAGAGAAUCGAAGUAUGCUGACAGAAUUGGAAUAUGUGAAAGCUGUUCAAGAUUUUCAACUUCAUGGACUCAUGAAAAAACUUGUUCGCUCACAGAUUUCUACAAUCACAGUCACAGCUGAUCUAAUAUGGAACCUUGCAGUGAGGAGUUCUCCAAGAUUUGAUCUGGGAGAGUACACAUCUGUUGAUCUUCGUGGAAAUUUUGAGGCCUUGAGGAAGGGAUCCUUUAAAUUGCAGAAUCACUAUAUCCUAACAUCGCAACUUAAAAGAAAGAAAGAUGAAAGGGGAUGGGAAGUAUGUGAAGUGGCAUCUAAUGCCAAGCGUGUUGCAAUAGAAACAGAAGAAAGCAACAAAUUGUAUGAGGACAAAGCUAAAUUAUUUAAGAAGUUGGAGAAAAAAAUUCAUCAGAUGCAAAAGAUGCAAACAAUUUUGGUCCAACUCAGUUCUACUUUUCUAAGUUGUGGUGUAGAAAACUUUGACGAACAGCACAAAAUGUUGACAGACAUUGGAAAGCCCAGAACAUGGAACUACUAUAAUAAAAUGGUUAGCAAUGUAACACACAGUAAUGGUACAGUAUGAGCCUACCUCAUUUUAUAAAGCUUUUAAUAGGUCUAAGAUACUGAAAACAUACAUCUUCACCUAAAAAAUGGACUGCAUCACAUGUUAAAUUACGUAACUGUUCUACAAACUAAAGGUUCAAUUAAAGGAAAAUGCAGGGAAUUUGAUAUUCUCUAAAAUUUUCGUUUUUUUGAAGACCUUGAGUCUUGUCUAUUUGCAUGUGAGCAAUACAACCGCAACGAUGACGCAGUGGUCUCUUGUGGUCAGUGUUAGCAAUGCGAUCCCUCAUUUCAAAUCUUUAGAAAUAUCAGGAAAUGCGGUAUGAUCAGGAAAAAUCAGCAAAACAGAGAAGUACAUUGAGGGAUUGAGAAACACCAGUCGCAUCAAUGCAGUUUAUUUUAAGCAGGCGUGAACUCAGUGGCAUUGGUUCUUGAUAAAACUACAAGGUAGUUCAUCAUUCUUUUGUGCAUUCAAUAAAACCCUUAAAGACUGCAGGUUUACUGUAAAAUUCGAAAGAACCGCGUGAAACUGCAAAAAGCAACUACAUACGAUGUGUACUUCAGGGCACGUGGAAAAAAACUUUUCUGUUUUUUUCAACCGUUACAGCUUAAAACCAGCACCAGAUAUCUCAAAAAAUCUCAAGUGUAUACAGUUUCAGCACUUACACCACCCGCAACAUAAAGUCCGGGCCACUUCAAGGGAUGAACAAUGAACCGUACAUUACUUGAAAUGUUCAAACAUUAAAAUACAAGGAACUUAACUUUCUACGGUCGUUUGGUCCUAAAUUCAACCAUUUUGAAGUGCAAAGAAAAGAAUAGGUUCAAAUCAAUGAUUUUUGGCGCUCUAACAGCCCUAUUUCACCUUGCUGAAGGAAAAUGAUGCGCACAUUUAAAAAAUUUAACAUACUAUCCCUCAUGACAUCGAUAAGUUUCGAUUUCAUGAAAGAAAUAAUUGGUUUUUACAUCUUCUAAAGUGAGUAGCCACAAAUAACGAAUUAAAAUUGGGCAAAACUACCGGAAUAUUGCUGCUCCAAGGCUUGUUACCGCUCAGCACCACCCGAGGUGCAAUGACAUCACUCCCUUUAAGAUACGUCAACCGAUGAAGUUUUUUUUUUUGGGGGGGGGGGGGAAUCGUAAAUCGUCGAUUUCAUGAGGGAUAGUGUCCAAUUUUCGGAAUGAGAACAUAUUCAAAAUUCUUUCCACAGCGUGAUGAAAAGGGCUGUUUUAAUCACCAUAAAUCAUUGAGUUGAAAUUUCUUUGCACGUUAAAAUGGUUGAAUUUUUGCCCAAAGAACCAUAACCCAUUGAGUUCCUUGUGGAUUGAUGUUUACAUUUUGCAAAAAUGAAUGUAUUAAUUUUUAUCCUUCAAAGUGGCGGGGGCUUUGUCACGGGUGGCGUAGAGGGCUGAAACUUAAUACACAUGAGUUUCACCACAUCUGAAACCUGUUUUUUGCUAUUACAUACCAUCAAAAUAAAACAAGAAGUCUUUUAUUCACCCACCUUAGAAUACCUACAAAAUCCAAGAAUAACCGUAAAAAUUGCAAUGAAUCAUGAGAGCAUAAAGGACUUAUGAUUUUCUGUUAAUUUUGCAAUCUCUGCAAGAAGAAUCAAAGUUAUUGUAUUUUUAUUUUUACUGAUUGAACCAAGUGUUCACAUGUAGUCUUUUUUAAAUAAAUGUAAUUUUUUGUAAAUAAUCUAUUUUUAUAGUUUUAAGUCACUCAAUUUUAUUUUUUGACAAUAUAUUUGUGUGUAAAAUUUCUCAAGCUCGAUUCUAUUCUUUCAAUCUUCAUUUAAUAUUUUUGUCGGCAAAAUCAAAUGAAGUAAUUUUAUUCAGGCUAAAAAUUGGAAAAUUGGUCCAAAACAUUGUUGCUCGGAUUCAUAAUUGUGCACAAUUUUUAAGACAGUUGUUUCAAUGUCAAAAAGGUCCUGUUCAUAGUCAUUUGGUAAAAAUAGUAUAAUUCCUGUUGUCACUUUUUGAUUUGCUAUUUUUACUUUUAUCACAUUUUGGUCUUGCGUGAAGCUGUAGAAAAUUUUUAUGAAGUGCCCUUCAUGGUAUCGACGCAAUCCCGCGUUUUGUGAACGUCACAGGGGCAACACUUUGUGUUAUAUGAUAUUAUAUGACAGUUUUGAAACAUCAA